UCUCUAAGUAGUUAGCUACCGGAAUCGGUUGGUUGCCUAGCAACUGGUUUUGGCCAGUAUAUCUAACGUUAGCUAGAGAAUGUUAGUUUACGACAGGAAAGCAAAAAAUAAAUACAAUUUUUUUUUAAACCGAAAGAUAACAGAGCUAAGAGCUGAAACCAACACACUGUAAAACUUAGACUACACGGAGAAAAGGACCUUUGCUUGAGCUAAACUGACAACUCUUCACUGCAUGUGUCUCUGCCUUACGGCAGGGGGUGCAGUAAAGUCUCAAACAGAAGACAACUACAAGACUUAUCUCUGUCACACAGCUUCUGGCCGAGCCAUCCAACUGCUGGUUUAUCUGCUCCGACACACACCCUCUCACUGGGGAAGUGUCACUCUGCGCCCCCCCUCCACCUCCUCAUUCCUGCUGACUCCCUGCUCACCCUCUCCUCUCCCGUCUCCUCGCCUCACCCCUCCCUGGGUGCCAGUAGCUUCUAGUCAUGGAGCAGACGACAGUCACACAACAACCAAGGCUGUCAGUUGCAGAAGCCUCAGCAUCAGCGUUUCAAGAAGAGGAAAUGGGGGGCUUCACUGCAGGAAGUGAAGAAGAUGUGAGGUCAAACAGUGUCCCUGCAGCGACGGAACCAGUACUCACACAGCCCGGCCUCGGAGUCACCACGACAACCAUCACCACCAUCACACAGACGGGAGGAGACUGGAGCACCGGCCUGUUUGAUGUCUGCAGAGACAAGACUACAUGUGUUCUCGGGGCUCUUGUGCCGUGCUGUUUAGACCUGAGUUUAGCUCACCAGUAUGGUGAGUGUCUGUGUCUGCCUCUGCUACCAGGAUCCACCUUUGCAAUGCGAGUUGGGGUCAGGGAGCGGUACAAGAUACGGGGAAGUGUGUGUGAGGACUGGACCACAGUGUACUGCUGUUACCCUCUGGCUGUAUGUCAGAUGAUAAGAGAGAUGAAGAGGAGGAUGAAGACACAGACCUAUCAUGUGUCCACUGCCCUCGAAAGCUCCUGAAGAAACCCGAGACAGUUAAUGAAGCCAGUACUUUUAAAAUGCAACACAGACUGGCGAGGGUCAACUGUGAUUACUGUAUAAAUAGCAACAAAAAUCAAUACUAUAAAGUUUUAAAUCCUCCCAGGGAUGCCUCACACAAUGAAUCAAACCUUUCCUACAAGAUUCAAAGAAGACCGGAGAGGAUGAACUUUGAUAAAUCGCAUAAACAGCCAAAAGUAUCACAGCUGUAAAGUCUGAAUCAGAGUGUGGGGCUUAAAACAGCCUCAGAGGUUUUUAUUAACUGAAAGCUACCUUUAAACUUCUGUUGGACCUCUCUUUGGAGGAUAUUAUAAAUAAACUUGGUAACAAUA